CAAUAAUUAAAAAAAAUAAAACCGGUUAAAUACUACAAAAACAUGUGUUAGCUACUAAAUACAUUUAGUUACAAAAUUCGAAAUGAACUUAACGUCAAUGUUGAAAGUACUUUUUAUACUUUUUACUUUCAUUGUUGUUUUAAAUGCAUCUGUAUUUCGAAAAGGUACUAUUACUUCAGGAAAUAUAAUUCAAGGACAAUAUGCCAAUGGUGUCAUUGUAAAAAACAAUAAUGAUCGUCAAGAAAUUUUGUGGCAAGAAAGACAAGAUAAUUGGAAGGUUUAUUUCUCAAAAAUUUAUGAAGAGUCAGGAUUAGUGGAAAAUUAUAUAUUUGAUAAUAUUUGUGAUAAACAAUCAAGAGGAUCAAUAAAAGAGUCAAUUAAGCGUUUUGUUCUAAACAAACUUGGAAAAGCUAAUAGAUGUCCAAUAAGAAAGGGUACAGUAAAAAUUACCUAUCCAAUGAUAUUCACGUUCGAAACAACAAAAGGCGAUCGUUGUGGACCAUUUAUAACAAUGAUUCAUAUUGUUGAAAAUAAUCAAAAUUAUUCUAAUAAAACUCCAUUGCUUCUCACUUGUAUAUUUAGAGGAUUUACAAUCGGUGAUGAUUGUUGAAAGUAUAAAAUAUUCAAGGCAAUAUAUCAGUACAAUUUUAAUAGUCAAGAAGAAAUUUUAAGUAAAAAAAUCUGAAAGUCAUUGUGGCUGUGAGGUCAGAGUAUUUGGCUUGCGCCCCACGGGUCCGGGGUUCGAUACCCCAUGAUUGCAAGAUUUUUCAAAACUAUUUUUAAGUUUUUCAAAUACUAUUUUUACUCAAAAUAUUGUAUCUAAUAAAUAAUUAAAUAAUAAUAAUUUAAAAAAAUAUAAACAAAUAAUAAUUAUAAACUGUGAAUUAUUAAAAAAAAAAUCACAUGAAAUAGGACA